AGGACCUGCCAAAAUGGAGGCUGUAAGAAAAAGGCAUAGCACGAGUAGCGAAGAAUCUGAUCCGUCCAUUAAGACACCCAAGUUGUUGAAAGCAGGGGAUGAGUCGGUACAAUCUGGCGACAACACACCAGACGAUGUUUUCAGUAUAUUGUACAAUUUUGUGUCCCAGGCUGGAGAAGUAGUCCUCGCUGAUGUCGUUAAAGUUCUCUAUUCACAAAAUUACAUAAAAUCUAGACGAGGAACUAUGCCUCUCUUUGAGUAUUGUGUUUCACAAAAGCAUUGGAAAGACCAAAGGAUCAGUGCAAAGUUUGGAAAUGACAGACAUUUGCUAACUUGUGAUAUAACACAACAAAGAAGGAUUGAGGUAAAUUUUGCCUUCAAAGUUAUAGUUGAACUUUGUGGUAAUGGUUUUGACUGGCUGACUCCAGGUUGUCGGAAUCAGAUAAAAUUAGUUAAGGAUUACAAGUACAAGAUUUGCCUUAAGUAUGGGUUAUCUUACUUUGAACUUGCUUCUGAGGUGGAACGCUUUAUGAAGAUAGUUAGUUCUAUCUAUCAUGAGGUUGGGCAGCAAUUCAAAAUAGAUUUUAAAGAGAGUCUUGAUAUUAUUUUUGAUAAGGCGAAAGUAAUUUCUAAGGAUGAAGCCUCUUUCAAGCAAGUUGUGAAUUCAAACGAAAAUAUUUUUUUAGAAAAUAAAGAUGUUUUUAAGUUAAUCAAGGCUCAGAGAGAACUAAAAGAAUACUUUCAACGCCUUAAAGUGGCUAACCCAUUCACUUGGCUGGAUAACAUGUGGCACCAGAGAUAUGAAAAGGGGUCGAUGGCCCCAAUGGUUGUAGAAUCAAUUUACACACCUCUGAAAAUUAGAGACACUGGAAUAAAAAUGGAUGUAAAACAGUUGCUGACAACAACUAGAAUAGGUCAGGAGGAGGCCAUACCCUCAGUUUUAUUACUCAACGGCCUGCAUGGCUCGGGAAAAACAUCUCUUUGUUAUCAUCUUAUGGAGGACUGGUGUAAAGGCACUCGAAAAAAUGACCACAUUGAAAAUUUUGAUUUAGUGUUCCUCAUUGAACAUAGUAAAGUUGGAUCCAUACUUCUUAAAAACUUCAUGAGGGAAAAGAUGCUGAAAAAAACAUGUGAGGAAUUCGAAAUAGAAGGAAUCUUUCAAUUCAUGAAAAGGUUGGAUGUACUCUUUAUCAUUGAUGGUUAUGAUGAAGGUACAAAAGAAACUUGGACUAUUGUGGAAGAGAUUUUGGAAAAGUUCAGCAACAAACGUAUUCUCUUGACUACUCGACCUGAUUGCCUUGCAGACACCACAGCUCGCUUGCGCAAUCAACCUGUUAAUUUCCUGACUGUUGAUAUCGCAGAGCUUGAUGAUCCAGCGCAAACUAAUAUUGCCAAAGCGAUAUUUGAACAUUGGAUGGGAAAUACAGGGGAACGAGAAAAGAAAUUGAACGAUUUUCUAGAAUACCACCAUCGGGGUGCAGGGAGAAAAAUUUUAGAUCACCUUAGAUUUCCACUUACUGCUGCUCUUUAUAUAGCUCACUGGAUAUCACACGGAAUGGAGGCUAUGACUGGCACAGCACUACAUGAUGCUUUGUAUGAAUUAGGCAUGAAGCAGUUGGGUCUUAGCAUGGGCUUGCACGAUCCAGAUAUUUUAGGAAAGUUGACAACUGAAUUGCCAUAUUUGCUCGGAAGGUUUGCCUGGAAACUGCUUAAAACGAAACGGCACACUCUUGAUGAAACAAUGGAGAGUGAAAUUGAAAGUUUCUCACGAACUAUAAAUGUUGAUUGUGUUGAAAUUGUGCUUCCUUUUCUAACUUGCACAUUCAAUCACUUCGCAUGUCCUACAAAGAGGUGUUUUUCGUUUAUGAAUAGGCCACAACAAUCAUAUUAUGCUGCUAAAUACUUGUGCAGUUGUAUAGUAACUGGGAAAAGCAGAAUCCAAGAUUUGCAGAUUGAAAUUAAUGAUUGGAAAGAGUACCCUUACUUGCUUCUGUUCCUUAUUGGGCACUUGAGGUCACAAAAUGUGAUGAACUUGACUUUGCAACAAAUAUUAAAUAUCAUUCAUACUUCCAAUUUUAAAAAGGAGAGUUACAGCUAUUGGUGGAACCUCUGUGUUGAGAGUCAAGGCCAUAAAGUUGUACGCACUUUCAUUGCAGAAACUUUACCCAAAUUUCAUUGGGUGUUGAACCAGGAAACUGUUGCCCCUGCACUCAAACUUCUAGGAUCCUGUCCAGUGGAACUUAAGAGCAUGAGUAUUGACAUUCCAAAGAAUAUUGAUCCAUAUGAUAUCCCAGAAUUCUUAUCUCUAAUGGAAAAUCUUUCCACUGUAUUGAAAGGCCGAUAUAACGAGGACAAUCCUAUUGAAGUGAAGCUACAUCUUUGGCGGAAUUGUGAAAAUGAAGCACCUCAACCGUCAGAUAAGUUUCUUCGUUCCCUAGUACCAUGGGGCGUUUUGGUUAACUUUCCUGGUGAGUUUGGUGAACAAGAGAAAACAAGUAAAAAGUAGCAUGUUAAAUACAUUGAUAAAGUAGCAGUCUUUUAGUGAAAAUGAAGACUAAUAACGACCAGCAGCGUUUGCUCUAUCAGUACCUCCGUGCAGGACCCAACUAAUAAUGAGCUUCCUUUGAUUUGGCCCAAGUGAAAGCUUGGAGUAAACAGAGUAUAGCUUUAUGUUACUUUGCAUUAGCUUUCAUUGAAUAGUGCACCAAUUUUAUGUCGCUUUACAGAAGCUUACACAGAUUACUACACUAGUUUUGUUGUCUUACAGAAAUCCAGACUACUAGCUUUAUUGUACUUUACAAAAGCCUCUACCUGUUCUGUGUUAGGUUUAUGUAACUACAGUAUACAGCUUCCACUGAUCACUAAUUUUAUAGUAUUUUACAGACGGAUGAGUAGCUUCCACAAAAUGUAAUUUUUAUGGUAUAUCCCAUGUUAGGUUAAGUUUGAUUUGGUCAAGAUAGAUUAAGUUAGGUUGGGUCAAUAGACGCUAAAGUGUAAAUAACCUGGUAGACCAACUCCAGUUAGUACUAUUUUUUUGGUUAUCAUUAUUAUUAUAUUAAUGUACAGUACUGUAUAAAAUGAUACCGAUUCAUGUUCAAUGUAAGGAGUUUUUGUUGAUAAAAUCUUAUACAUUUAUAGGUGUUCAGAUAAUUAGCGGAUGAAAUUUUUACCGGUACUUUUCAGUGCUCUUUAAGCAUAACAUGUUAUUGUUUUUCUUGAUUUUCUUACUAGAAGUUCUACCUUUACUGAAUAAUAUACAGUACUUGAGAUGUAUAUAUUUUUUUUCAGUGUUAGAGAUGUUAGUUUGUAGGAUGAUGUUAAUAUAGUAAUGGAAAACUGACUUCAAGUGUGUUUAUACUUCUUUGUAAUGAUACUCAUUAAAGGGAA